AUGGCUUCAGCGUUUCCGCCAUCAGCCAAACGGGCCCGAACAGCAGCUGAAGCCCCUUCAGUCAGGAAACAAGGCAAAGAAGUCAGCAUUCCAUGGGAUGAAAUCUGUCCAACCUUCAUAAGUGAGUGGUUGGAUACAUUUAGUAAGGCCAACAACACUACAAGAGACAUCCUGCUAGCCAGUGUCUUGCCAACUGUGGCAUGCUUGAUGGGGCCCUCAACCGUCAAGGUUGACUGUAGAAUACGUGCAGAAACUGUAAACCUCUACAUGAUCUGCUUGUGUGACCCCGGGGCAGGGAAGUCCCCUGCCUUUCAACACGGCUGUGCACAGCCGAUAAGGUUGCAUGUGGAGGCAAAAGAGGAUAACCCUUUAUUUGUCGAUGAAUUUACGGAAGCUGGGCUAUUCCGGCAGCUCAAAUCAACUCCUGGCCAUAAAGCCAUCAUUGGCAAGGAGGAAGCAUCCCAGUUUUUUGAACAGCUGCUGGGUGCUUCCAGGGAAAAGAGCCGCAUAGACAUGGAGCGCAUGAUCCAGUUAUAUGACGGAAGCACAUGGGUUUAUACACGAGGAGACAAGUCAGCACAUCAAGUCAUUGACAGCCCAGGGGUGUCAGUGAGUGGCUACAGCCAACCCAACCGCUUCUUUCCAAUCUAUGUGAAACUAAAGGAAAGGCAGGAUGGUGCAGUGGACAGGAUUCUUAUGUACCAGCCUUUGCCACAUCGUCUGGCAGCACGUGAAACUAGAGAUUUUAUCACCAAACUGAAUCAUUCUGAAGUGAAAGAUCUCAGGUAACUUUUUGUUUAUGGCAAGUUUUAAACAUAUGUUGAUGGAACAAUUUAACUGACCUGAAUGUUUUGGGUCCAUACAUGUAAGUAGGUGUACACUACAGAAAAAAUGUUAUAUAUAUAUAUAUAUAUAUAUAUAUUUAUAUAUAUAUAUUUAUAUAUAUAUAUAUACGUAUACUCGCUCUACUUUAUGUAUUGAGCACUGUUUUACGGAUUUCAAGUUCAAACCUCUUAUUUAUAUAUAUAUAUUUAUUUAUAUAUAUAUAUAUACAAUGAAGACAGCAACAGCUUACCAGGAUAGAAACUUUGUACUUUGUACUCUUUGGAGUUUCAGGUUAUUCUAGGACAAUAGGCAUGAGUUAUUUUGUCCCUAACAAUGUUAAUAUGAUUGUCCUGAAAGCUGGCAAGGGUUAGCCUAUUCACUCAUGGAAGUACAUACAAGUUACCUCCUUAAUACGGACACCAAAGGUACAGAGCUAAGUGUCCUUGUUACAGAGGUGUCCACAUUAUAGAGGUAGGGAGUGUAUGAUUUUUAGCAUUUCUGGGACCAAGAGAUCUGUCUGUAAAAGAUUGGUGUCCGUAUUAUAGAGGUGUCAGUAAGGAGAGGUUCGACUGUACAAAAAAUGUAAGAAGUAAGAAAAAAAUGUUUUUAAAUUUCAGGGCCAUGUAUUCUGCCAUAUACGAGUUUUCUCAUUCUGAAAAUGGCCCUGCAACAUACUCCCCAGACAGAGCGGGCAAUGCAAGGUAUGAGGAAUUCAUAGAUGGCAUCUCUGCCUCCCUGAACAGCCAGUGGGCAAGAAACAUCUGCCCAGAAGAUGUCUCCAAAGAUGAUAGACAUGUACUGCGGCUGGCAGCAGUUCUACAUGUUUUAUAUGACCAACUAACAAAAUUCCUUCAAGGACAAGAAAAAUCCCCACCAUCACAAGUUAUUAGCAGCACAACAAUUCAGAGGAGCAUUACACUGUGCAAAUACUUCACAGCACAGAGAAGAAUCCUUGACCAGGUAAGUGGUUGUUCAAUAAUUAAUUAUUGGACAAGGUUGAGCAAAAUAUCCUGAUUUGUCAGUGGUGAGCAGGUCAAUUAUUUGUCGAAGCCGAUGGCUGAGGCAAAGAAUUGAUCUGCGAGACACUGAAAAAUCAAGAUAUGUUGUGAAAACCGAGUUCAAUAAUAAUUGUUUUAUCAUUUGAUCAAUAAGUUUGUUUUUACUGUAAGUUUGUUUUUCGUGGACACAACUUUGCAUGAGCAGAAUAUUAUUUAUAGCUAAAUCAUCGUUGGACCCGUAUGCGCAUGAGAAGACCAUUAUUUGUAGGCAGUUAUUUGCAGGUCACGUGGUAGGCUCUGAGCCAAUGAAAAGGAUGGAAAAAAUGAAUCAAUUGAUUAUAAAAUUUAUGUGUGACUGCAUGGUUUAUGGAGGCACAAAUUAACCAACAGCAAAUGCUCUUAACACCAGUAACAGGGAUUAAGAAAAGGGAAACCAUUUUUUUGUAAUAAUACUGGAGUCUUGGAUUAAAUCGCCCAGGGUAAUGCCAAAGUAGUUCAAUACUUUCAGCAUCAACAAAAAUGAUAAAAUACAUUGUGUAGUUGGGCAAUAGUGUAGUUAAGCUAGGUGAUUUCACCAUGUUUCUUUUACAUGUUCAAAAAUAUUGUGAGAGAUAUAAACUCAAAGAAAAAACCAUUUUCUCUUUCAAGAAACUUCAUGUUUUCAUUGAAUUACAGUUGAAAAAUUCCGCCGAAUGAUAAUUUCUAUACUCCCAUUUCCUUGUUUUUCUUUGCCCUGUCCUAGUUUUAGGAACUUCCUAUGGAUGGUUCAAGAAAGUUGUAAUCCUUUAUUAAACAAGGCUGCAAAUAAUUUUUUUUAUAAGCACGUCAUUUGUCAGGUCAGAGACCAGAUGUGGCCUCACAAGGAAAUAGUAUGGUCAGACAAAAAAAUUCCAAGUGAAAGAGCAAAAUUAGGAGUUCAACAAUACAACCUAUUUCACUGCUUUAAUUGCACAAUAUGAAUCACAGACAGGAGCUAUAACAGUUGUAUCAGUUCACUUAUCAGUCUUCAAUGACUUCACACCUAAAAAGAGGGUGUCUAGAAAACGACGACCUAGAAAACGAAGACCUACGACCUAGAAAACGACGACCUAGAAAACAACGACCUAGAAAACGACGACCUAGAAAACGACGACCUAGAAAACUACGAUCUAGAAAACGACGACCUAGAAAACGACGACCUAGAAAACGACGACCUAGAAAACAACGACCUAGAAAACGAAGACCUAAAAAAAAACCGCGGGUGGCGGGGGCUUAGUAGAAAUGUGCGAAAUGCCCCAUCCCCGGACAAAACCAAAAUAGCAUAUUCAUAGCAAAUCUCAGUGUAAUCUUAUCAAACGUGCCAAACACUCACGCAAAUCGCUCAUAGCCGCCAGUUACCCGGGGCUGGUUAUAAGUAAUGCUAAGGUCAAUAGGUCUAAUUUGCACGUGCAGCACACUUUUUUGCACAUCGUAGUACGUGCAGACGAUUCUCUCAAAACCAAAAUUUCUUGGAUGCAUUUUGGGCGCUUUUCAUUCACCCAAAACUUAAGAAACUUUGGAAACAGCGGCAAUUGGUACAGCAUUUUCCCGGAAAAGUUCCCAGACUUCCGGAAACGUUUCCGAAAUGCGAACCAUGCGACAUUCGGGAGUAAAUUUGAAUGCGGAAAGAAACUCUUCCCGAUGAUAAUUUUCGAAAAUUUGGGUGUAUAUUGCGAAAAUGCUGUUCCAUUCGGUACUACAUGGAAGUUGCCGAAAAUUUAAACCAGACGUUUUGACUGAAUGGAAUGGCGCCCAUGCAAAGGUAACCAAAUUUGUUACCAAUUGUGCUCCCUUUGCGCGCGCGUGAGAGCUCCACUGAAAAAGUUUCUCAAGUCAAAUUUUCCUUUAGUAUGGUCAAUGAAGUAAUGAUUCAACCUGACUGACUACUGGAAGCAAAAGCUUUGCUUUGACCUAUUUAUUAUCCUGAUAUCAAUUUAAACAAAUUUCCAUCCAAUCUAAAUGACCUAAAUAAUAUACACUGCUUCACUGGCGCGUCGUUUAUAGCGGGAAGUUCAAGCCCACAUAAAUCAAACAGGAAAUAAAUCAGGCGUGCCGUUUUUGUGUUCACAGCUCAAUACCGUAAACAAACAGUUUAUAUUUUGAAAAUAAAGAAAGAAGGGCUUCAACAUUUUCUCGUACCUUUCCAUACAUGAAACGGCAGCAUACUGGUAACGAGAAUUGUGAAAUAUUAUGUGGGACACAAGGAAGGUUGACAUGUCAUCAGAUUUGAACUGUAUUUGAACUGUAAGAUUUGAAUCGUAUCAUCCUAGGAGUUUCUGUUUCCUCACAGGUCCGAUAGCGUGGUAUAUAUGCAGUGAGAUCUCCGGUAGAACUUUUGAAUUGUUCAGAAAUAAAUUAUUACAUCAUGUGAAAUAGAGAAAACGCCGCAGAGCAAAAUUAAAAAUUUCACUUCGGUUCAUCUUUAAUUCUUCCAUCACUUUCACGCAAUGCACAAUGCAAUGUCCAAGACAAAAUAAUAGCUCCUACGAAGACACUAGGCACUCUGUAACUGCUGUUUAAAAAUGCGAGAGACGGUUUUAUAAACCGCGUUAUGAAAACAACGCAAGAACAAUAGGUGUAGGUAUCUCGCCCGGCACAUGUAACGAAGGUUUACGUUAAUCAAUAAAUCAAUCGAGCAUCGCCGCCUAAACGUGAAAAUUUCCCAAAUUUUGACUUUUAGAAAUACUUCGUUCCCCAAACCUCCUUUUAUUAACACACUCCGGGAUCGCUUAUGAAACUAACCCGAUAUACUUUUAAUCAUAAACACUUUAUUGUCCACCUUCCCAGCCAGUUCUAGAUGGGGAGGGUGUUUCCUUAGGAACUGGUUAGCUCCAAUGACCACCAAGCUUUAAUAAUUAUUCGAUCUAAAAGAAAUACGUUUAUAAUUCGCAAUCAGAACAAACACAAAUCGUCUUAAUCUCGUAGCUAAAUUCAGAAAACUUCAAUGUUAACUUACUUCUGUGGCGGGUCGUUACAACAAUCGCACUUUACAGGUUAGCAAAUUCUUUUAACAGAUUCUUCAGGUUAGUGGAUUUAUAGACAGACUGUAAAUUAUUUUCUUUCUCACUUCGAUUCUACUGAAAAACUGGUUUGAAACACAAUAAGCUAAUUCAAUUCUUGUCAUCAAAUAAAUCUAUCCAAUAACAAACAGGCAACGCUUCUUUAGUAAACGAAACAGAGGGGAGACCUCGCGUACCUUGCAUUUCCAUUUCCACCGUUUUAUUCCUUGGCUUCAUACCCUUAGCCGGUACAAAUAAUAUUUACUAUUUUUCUGUAAUUUUCCUUCUUCGCCCACCUCUCACCCCUUCAUAAUUCCCUUCUAUCGUCCUCUUAUUUCCCGCCUUCUGUACCCCUCUAACCCCUUAAAUCCUUCGAGCUACCCCAUCCCUGUCGUCGUUUUCUAGGUCGUUGUUUUCUAGGUCGUCGUUUUCUAGGUCGUUGUUUUCUAGGUCGUCGUUUUCUAGGUCGUCGUUUUCUAGGUCGUCGUUUUCUAGGUUGUCGUUUUCUAGGUCGUUGUUUUCUAGGUCGUUGUUUUCUAGGUCGUCGUUUUCUAGGUCGUUGUUUUCUAGGUCGUCGUUUUCUAGGUCGUUGUUUUCUAGGUCGUCGUUUUCUAGGUCGUAAGUCUUCGUUUUCUAGGUCGUCGUUUUCUAGACACCCCCUAAAAAGACUCUCCUCAGAAGAUUCGUCUGACUCAUAAGCAACCACCAACGCAAUUUUCUCUCACACACUACAUGUUUUUCUGUGCAAAUGGAGCAAACAGCCGUUAUCGUUUACGCCAGGAAAAAAAUGUGUCAGACAUUUAGAUCCUGCUGAUUUGUCACAAACAUCAAACCAAUGUAAAAACUCACCCUUUUACUAGGUUUGUAUAUGCCCUUGGCGAACUAAAGCUUCCUAUUUUUGGCUUUGUGGGAUUGGAAUGUCUGUUUUAUGUACCAGUCAAAGUAAACCCCGACCUCCCCAACCCCAGGCUAAGGUUGGGAUUAGUUCUGGAUGGAAUGCAAAACCUAAUUUUUUCCCCUGGGCAACGUAAUUAAUUAAUGUUUGCACUCUCCGCGUAACAUGAAUGACAAAUUAUCAGUCAGUGCAAAAGUACCGGCAAUAAAAGAGAGGGAUGUAGUUCUUCAUGAUCUAAAAAAUAUAAAGAAACAUGGGAGUGAAAAAAUACAAGGAAAGCAGCCAAUAAAAUCCCUUUCUUACUUUAUUUGCUUUUUAUUUCGUGAUGUUCACUUUACUGAUUGAAUACCUUAGUUUAUGCAUACAUGUAAAUCAGAAAACCAAGAUCCCUCAGGAACACUCAUGCCUAUUAUGUUUUGCAGCUUGUCUCCUCUGAUUCAGAGACCGCCCCAGCUGACAACUACGAAAGGCAAAGGCGCAUCCUCCUAUGUAAAGGGCCUUUUGUAUCAACACGUCUGGCCCAGCGCAAUUUUAGUGGGAAUGCAAGGCCAUCUGCUGCUGUUUUAAGUGACACCAUGCAAAUUUUGGCAACAGACGGCUUUGGCACAGUCAAAACCAUUGAAAGAAGCACCGUCUUCUUCAAGAAGCUUCCGGCGGAUCUCAGCGAUGAUGUCUUGGCCAUGUAUGAGGUGCCUCGGGAAAGGUACCUCCUCGCCUUUAAUGAGCGUGCAGACAAGUCCAUCAUCAAUAAGGAUUUAUUCAACAGAUUUCUCACCCACUCACCGCAUGAAGACCGCUUAAAGAACGAGCACGGUAUCACACCAGAGGACGACUAG